CCCGGCUCCGUGGCCCGCCGGGGUCCUAGCGCUGGAAAGGUGGCCGUAGCGGCCGCCUGACCCCUACAAAAACCUGGGACGGAGACAGCGAUAAAGGCGCUGGGAGGACGCCCGUGGUCGGAGGGAUCUCGCCCCCGGAGAAGAGUUGGGGCAGGACCGCGGGGUUGAAGGGCAGAUUCGGAGCCUGCCUGUCAGGCAGGAGCCGGGCAGGUGCGGUGGCGGAAGUGCGGGGACGGAGGCCGAAGCGGAGUGGUGUAGGAAGCCGCGGCCGUGGGUCACCUAGUGGGGUGCAGUUGCCGACUCAGAGCUGGACAGCAGCAACUAGGGCUCUGGCGCAGGCGAGAUGCCUUUGUUCAUCGCCAACCCCUUCGAGCAAGACGUGGAAAAGGCCACAAAUGAGUACAACACUACAGAAGAUUGGAGUCUUAUUAUGGAUAUAUGCGACAAAGUUGGAAGUACACCUAAUGGAGCAAAAGAUUGCCUAAAAGCCAUAAUGAAAAGGGUAAAUCAUAAGGUUCCUCAUGUUGCUCUCCAGGCACUAACUCUUCUUGGGGCAUGUGUGGCAAACUGUGGAAAGAUAUUUCAUUUAGAAGUAUGUUCCCGUGAUUUUGCGACAGAAGUACGUGCUGUGAUUAAAAAUAAGGCACAUCCUAAAGUAUGUGAAAAACUGAAGUCUUUAAUGGUGGAGUGGUCAGAAGAAUUUCAGAAGGACCCUCAGUUUAGUCUAAUAUCUGCAACUAUUAAAUCUAUGAAAGAGGAAGGAAUUACUUUUCCUCCAGCAGGUUCUCAGACUGUGUCAGCUUCUGCCAAGAAUGGUACGUCAUUGAACAAAAACAAAGAGGAUGAAGACAUAGCUAAAGCUAUUGAAUUAUCACUGCAAGAGCAGAAACAGCAACACACAGAAACAAAAUCCUUAUAUCCAUCUGCAGAAAUUCAGUUAAAUAAUAAGGUUGUACGGAAAGUGAGAGCUUUAUAUGAUUUUGAAGCUGUUGAGGACAAUGAACUCACCUUUAAACAUGGUGAAAUAAUUAUUGUUUUGGAUGACAGUGAUGCCAAUUGGUGGAAAGGAGAAAAUCACAGAGGAAUAGGACUCUUCCCAUCCAAUUUUGUAACAACUAAUUUAAACAUAGAGUCUGAGGCAGCGGCUGUGGACAAAUUGAAUGUAAUUGAUGAUGAUGUGGAGGAAAUUAAGAAAUCAGAGCCUGAGCCUGUUUAUAUAGAUGAGGAUAAGAUGGAUAGAGCCCUGCAGGUACUUCAGAGUAUAGAUCCAACAGAUUCAAAACCAGAUUCCCAAGACCUUUUGGAUUUAGAAGAUAUCUGCCAGCAGAUGGGUCCAAUGAUAGAUGAAAAACUUGAAGAGAUUGAUAGGAAGCAUUCAGAAUUGUCUGAAUUGAAUGUAAAAGUCUUGGAAGCUCUGGAACUAUAUAACAAAUUGGUGAAUGAAGCACCAGUAUACUCAGUCUAUUCAAAGCUCCACCCUCCAGCACAUUACCCACCUGCAUCAUCUGUGGUUCCAAUGCAGACAUAUCCAGUUCAAUCACAUGGUGGGAACUAUAUGGGUCAGAGCGUUCACCAAGUAACGGUUGCCCAAAGCUAUAGCCUAGGACCAGAUCAAAUUGGUCCACUGAGAUCUCUGCCUCCAAAUGUGAAUUCCUCAGUGACAACACAUUCUGCUCAAACUUCCUAUUUAAGCACUGGACAAGACACUGUUUCCAAUCCUACUUAUAUGAACCAGAAAUCUAACCUACGAUCAGCUACUGGUACAACUGCUUACACACAGCAAAUGGGGAUGUCUGUGGAUAUGCCAUCUUAUCAGAACACUGCUUCCAAUUUGCCUCAACUGGCAGGCUUUCCGGUGACAGUUCCAGCUCAUCCAGUUGCACAGCAGCACACAAAUUACCAUCAGCAGCCUCUCCUUUAGAAACAAAGCAGCCAUUUUCUUGAAAGCCUUCAUAGGUGUAUUAUUCAAUCCUUGUGAUUCCAACCUGAAAACAUUGAAACUUUUUUCCUCUCAAUUCAAAAGGACUAUGAAUGAAUAAAGCACAAAAACCUCUCAUACUCUAUAAGGCCAUAAAACGUCUUUUUUUUUUUCAGUCCAGUUUGUUUGAAGUCAAUCUUUUGAUUAGAGACAGCUUAAAGAUGCUUUCAGUUAGUUUUGUCUUACUUUCCGAUUUAUCUACAUAAAUCUAGAUACCCGUUAGGUAGCCUUAUGACACUAAACAGUAUGAAGUAGGAGUGUUAAAAUAUUAUUUUAAAGAAACCACUGUUUUCCCCUAAAAUGUCAUAAGAGCACUGAAGAACUUGAAAUAUUUUUUUCAGAGUGUCUCACUAACUUUUUUGUUUGUAAGCAUUUAGCUUGCCAGCAUAUUUCCUUUUGGCUCCUUAAAUUGCAGUUGUGUUUGCAGUAUUGUCGCUUUUGCUCUCACUGAUACGUUGAGUAGUAAUUAGCAUAUAAGCAAGAGCAAUUUGGAAGGAACAAAAAUGUUUUCUGUGAUUAACAGUGAAGACCUUAUAAAUGCAGAUGUGUGAUAAAGCAUCUAGUCAGUUCCCCCAGCCAGUCAGGCCAACUGUGCAGGAAUUUGUCCCACAAAACAUUUCCAUUCCCUAAGGAAAAACAUUUCCUUUUCUCCAUGUAUCUCUGGUAUUUAGAAUUGCCACUAGUAACCUUUUCAAGUGACUUUGGCUAUUCUCUAAUGAAGAUAGGUCCAUUUGUUUUUCUCCCUGCAAUAUGGUAUGCAGAGAUGCUGCAUAUCCUUUUUAUGGGAUCAUGUGAGUUUGAGCCAUGAGACAUUCCUAAUAAUUUGUUGUGAGAUAUACCAAGCAUGGAUGAUAAGUGUGUUUUUAGUGAUGUGUUUUUUUUUUUUUUUUUUUUUUUAAGUAAUUCAAGUACUGUUGCUAAGCUGUCAGCAUACCAAGCUGUUGAAAAAAUCGACCAUUUCUUUGUGAAGUAAUUCUGCGCCUGGGGAAUAAUAGCAGGUGAUGACUUCAUAGAAGAUGACAGGUUGAUAGGGAGGCUAUUGAAGCAGUUUUUCUGAAGCCCGUAUUUUGAGUUAGUUUAUAGUGCUAAUAGGUUCUAUGUAACUGUGGGAGUUUGGUAGUAAGCCAGUAGGGAUUAUUUUCUCUCCUAAAAAUUUGCACACUACUUCAUCGUCUACCAAUUUUUUACAUAAUGCAAAAUAGAAAUUGCAAAUACAUAUGCAUAUGGAAACAUAUUUAGACUGGGAAAAACAAUGGACAUUAGUUUUUAAAAAGUUACUUGCAUAGAAGCAAGAUUUCUGUAUUUGUUUUUUUAAAGCAGUCAGUCUUACUACUAAAUCCAUUUCAAGAUAGUUCUCUGAGAAUUUUGUUAUUUAUCUACAGAGAUUUGAUUAUAAAUAUGUUCCUUUUUCAAAGAAACUUUGUCCUAGAACAGAGUAGUCUAUAUGGGACUGGAUCUACAUUUAAAUGGAAAAAUUAGCAGUAUUUGAAAGCUCAGUUUAUGUCUUACUUCAGAUACAAAAAACUGAACAGAAAGUUUUAACCUUUAAUAGCUCCUGUCCUGUUUUUCAUUCAGUAUUUUCCUAUAUGUUAAUUCAGUUAUAAACUUCUGAAUGGCACCUUUUUGGAAACAAAUUUGUUCUUUACAAAAUAAUAAUUUUUAAAAACCAUUAAAAAAUCCAGAGCUGCUCUUGGUAAUAGUCAACAUUUGCAUAUAUAUGGAAUUUCUUACAUUUUUUCUCCCAAACUGUAUUUAAUAAACUUAUUUUAAUGUUUGUGUA